CGGUUAUUGGGGAGAACUAUAAACCGAUGAUCAAAUGAUCAUGACACUGUGCCGUAUUCUUACAAUAAUAAUAAUUCCAUUACAAUGUUUUAUAUUUGGAUCGCCAACUUUGCAAAGACUGGUUUUCAGUGCAGACGAUAUAAAGGGAUGGAGGUUUUUGUCCAACACACAAGGAAACGAGAAGUCUUUUAUCUAUAUAAUGAACACGACAGAUAUUUGUUUUGGAGCAAUAUGUUCUCAAGAAUGCAACCUCACCAUUGUCUCGCACGAUGAGCCAUCUUCACCACAAAAUGGAACAAUUGAAUGCCGGAACCAGUUGCAGCAAUGUAGGAUGUCCGGAACCAACCAGGUUUCGUUCAGUGUACGCGGAUCUUGCUCCAGUAGUUCGGAUUUCGUGAGGUUGGCCGUCAUAGACAACAGGGCUGGGGUUUGUGGCGAAGACCGGCCCCUCUGUUUUAAUGACGUUCAUGUUAAUCCAAAUAAUUCUGGACAAGAAACUACAAAUUUGUAUAAUAAUACGAGAUUCGCUUCUACUACAUCAUUACACUCCAAAGAACAUGUAAAUAAUACUUAUAUGACGUCAGAUUUUGGUACUACUACAUCGUCUAUAUUAAUCAACGCCUCCAACAGAACAGAUCUUGCAGAAAACGCAACAUGGUCCUGUUGCAAUACGGACAAGACCCCGCAACCUCUGUCAUUACAUACAAAGAGAAAACCCAUCAGUAGGCGAGAUAUGGACAUAGCACUGGGCGUGACUGUAUCUCUGUCUGUGCUGGUGGUAUCCGUCAUGUUAUUUCUGAUCGGCAGGCUGUUAUACAGGACAAGGCACGUGGUCAAAGUGGAAACCUCCAUCGGAUCCUUUGACAUUGUGAACCCCAGUGACGGGGUGUUUGACGACCCGAGUAGAUUUCUGAGCGAAACUUACAUUCACAUUCGGAAGGUUUCGGAAUCUAACACCGAUGAAACGCCCGCGCCUUCUCCCACAGGUCAGCCCCAGGAGUCCUGUUUUGAUGCAAUGACGUCAAGGAAUCCCCGGACACACUAUGGUCGGUUUUCUACCUUUACUGGGCGCUCAUCUGAAGGAUUUCCUCACAAGUGUUCAGCCAAAACCGAUGGGAGGUUCCAGAGCACGCAUCCGAGAUGAGCGAAAACUGACACUCUCGUACCAUGACAUAUGAUGAAUAAUGCCAAUAAUAUUAAUCAUCAGAAUAAAACUGU